AUGUCAUGGGUGCUCGAGGUGCAGUCGAUUGCUUCGAACAAUCGUUCCCUUUAUGCCAAAGCUUUGCAGGUAGCCGCUUCCAAAGAUGACUCUUCACCAGCCCGAGCUGAAUCUCGUCUCGACGAUACUGAACAGACUAUGAGUACCACCAGUACAUGGCAUGACGAAAUUGAUUCGCUUGAGUACAUAGCACAAUUCGUUAUGGAAUCACUUAUCGAUUCCUUAUCGAUAGUCCAUUAUCCAGACGAAGUCACUAAGGACGGUAAGGCUUAUGUCAUGUUCUGUGGUGAUGUGGAGAUGGACGGGAAACAGGUACUGCAAUUUGGCCGAAUAGAAGGUGGCGCAUACACGCUGGAUUUCCGUCGGCCUUUUUCUGCAACCCAAGCGUUUGCCGUUGCUCUUGCCAGUAUAACACAAAGACUAAAAUAA